GCGGCUGCAGUGGGUGUGCGCAUGCGUCAUGGAUUUGGCGUCAUCAGUCCUGCGCCACUGACAGCCGGGCGAAUCGUUAGCUGUUCCAUUCCUGCCCGGGGCAUGGAUUAACCGGGAGCGGUGCUGGCUAUUCAGAGGGAUGAACGGGGCGGAGCUGAACAAGCCUGAGGCCUUUGGGCGCUUAGCUUAAAGCUGCUGAUCCUGUCUCUCACCUGAUCAUGGGGAUCCUGUUCGCCAAGAUAUGGAGGCUCUUUAGCCACCAGGAACACAAAGUAAUUAUUGUGGGACUGGAUAAUGCCGGAAAAACCACUAUACUGUAUCAGUUCUCUAUGAACGAGGUUGUGCACACGUCACCUACAAUAGGAAGCAACGUGGAAGAAAUAGUCGUUAAUAACACACGGUUUCUAAUGUGGGAUAUCGGAGGUCAAGAAUCGCUCCGUUCUUCUUGGAAUACCUAUUACACAAACACAGAGUUUGUGAUCAUUGUUGUGGACAGCACAGACAGAGAGAGGAUUGCUGUAACCAGAGAAGAAUUGUAUAAAAUGUUAUCCCAUGAGGACCUGAAGAAAGCAGGGCUGCUGGUUUUUGCUAACAAGCAAGAUGUUAAGGAGUGUAUGACGGUAGCUGAAAUCUCACAAUACUUGAAACUGACUUCUGUUAAGGACCAUCCCUGGCAUAUACAAGCGUGCUGUGCUUUAACAGGGGAAGGGCUGUGUCAAGGACUUGAAUGGAUGAUGUCCAGGCUUAAAGUCAGAUGACCCCAGUGGCUCAUGGGAAGAGACAUUACCUUUGCAACAUGCUGUAUUUAUGACUCCCUAAACUGCUGCAACGUAAGAAGAAAAACUGUAUUUAUAAACAUUGAAUUGUAAUGUUUCCAUCGGCAAGAAAGAAUGUUCCAGAACAAUUCCAGGAGAAUAUGGAAGCAAACCACCGUGGGGCUUUCAUUUUCUUUUUUAAAACUGACAGUCUCACACAGUUUGUUUUCCCUUCACUACAGGAAAGAAUAAGCAGCAGAAGAUUUUAAACACUCAGUUUUUUUUAUAGUGUAAUUUUACAAGUCCAAGUGGUAGGAGCCGACUGUAGCUGGGCCCAGAAACGCGCCCCAGUUGCUGAAUCCAACACAGACCAAAUGACUGAUCAGUAUUUUUAGACUUGAAUUGAAUACAGAAGCCUAUGUUAUGUACAAAUCAAUUUGUAUUUCCUGUGUGCUAGCAUGUUUGCUUCUGUAUUUGUACUAACAAGAACAAUCGCCUUGUAACUAUGAACAUAACACCUUGUGGGCAGCAGGUAUUACUGGUACAAGUGUAUCCGGAAACGUAUCCAGUAAUCCAACAACAGUGCCGCCUGUGUAUUUGUAACCGCCCAUCCGCCUUUGGCUUGGGGGUGCAGUGCUUUGUUUAUACUGCCCUUUAGCGCAGUAGGCAGGUUUGGCUGUGUGGAUUCUACUUCGGAGUGUUGCACGAUUCUCUUUCUCUACAAAGAAUGGCAUUUUCAGCGGCAGGAGUCGCGGAACUGAGGAUGCUGAAUUGCAACUCCCAGUAUGCCAGUGAUAUCCAAGGCAACAUCCGGAAAGCUGCAGGUUUCUAGACUUUAACAUUGACUUGACAGCGAUUAUAUCCCACUGAUCCUUGUGGGCUCAAGGCUACAGCUGCCACAUAUGCCGGACCAUUAUUAUGGCACUCCAAGGAUUGUCGGUGUGUGUAUUCAAUUCCCUUUCAGCGCCUGGAAGCACAUUGUGAAUGAGUCUGACCAUUUGAUUUCACUCUGCUUUGUCCAAUGAUGCCUGGAUAAUAAAGUAGAGUCUUCUCCACUUCUAUGUGAAUUAUUACUAUGUACAUAAACAUAUUAGUGAUAAUUUACUUUGACCCUGGAUACAAGAACACUAAUAGGCAGGGCAAAUACGCACCCUUUAGUGCUCAUUUAAAAAGUACUUGCAUUCAGGAUCUGAUUGUGUGCUCUGCACCGAGCACAAGAUCAAAUAACCAUUGACAGCCCUUAUUUGUCACCCCUUAGAAACUUUUACUCCAUAAGUUUGUAUAUAUUUAAAUGUUGCUCAUGGGUAAAAAAAGGUUGGGGACCCCUGGUGUAGAGUGUAGCACUGUCAGGUAGUGGUAAGUGCAGAGAUCUUUAUAUGGUCUGUGCCUGCUAGUGCACCAUAAAUUGCGUGUCUAAAUGAUGCACAAGUUAGAGGGUGGGGGGACACCUACAUGCCUCCUAGUAAUGUAUUGGUUGGAAAAAUGACCCUGCUUUUGAAUGCCCCUUACCCACCCAAACCUUCUGUUAUAUGUAUAACUUGCACCCCUCCCGGUGACAUCACUGAGGGGGGAGGCUCCAUGGCACUGAUGUAACCAAGGUGGAGGAGGCUGCAGAAGAGUAAAUUGGAGAGGCUGGUGUAAGGGCUUAGGCACAGAAGUAUACCAUGGGAUACCCCACGCAUCACUAAUCCCUUGCCCUGCCCUUUAGUACAUUAUAGAAUGGCCCAUUUUCAGUUGGUCUUUAUUUUUUAUUUUUUUUCUUAAUUACGUGCCUUCCCCUUCAUACCCAUUCCUGGGGGUCUUUGACCCUGGCAGGCAAACAACUAUAACUCGUUGAGGCUACAAUUUUAUUGUUAUUAUUACUUUAGAUUACUUAUCUAUCUAUGUUGGCCCUUCCCUGUUCAUAUUCCUGUUUCCUUCACAAGCCACUGCCUGGUUACUUGGUUAAUUUGGGCCAUAGCGACCACAUAGUUGCUGAAAUUCCAACCUGGAGAGCUACUGAACAAAAAAGCGAAUAAUUAAAAAACCGCAAAAAAUACAAAAAUGAAGACCAACUGCAAGUUGUCUCAGAGAGCUGUGGCAAAUCGUAGGGCAAAAUAAACAGCA